AUCUGCAGAUGAGAGACUGGUCACGUGUCUGGAGUCCCUCCGCGUGUCUUUGACUAGUAAUCCUGUGAGUUGGGUGCAAAGCUUUGGACAUGAGGGGCUCGGAUUAUUACUAGACAUUUUGGAAAGACUGAUUAGUAGCAAAGUACAAGAAAAAGUUGUAAAGAAGAAUCAGCACAAAGUCAUCCAGUGUCUAAAGGCUUUGAUGAAUACACAGUAUGGCUUGGAAAGAAUUAUGAGUGAAGAGAGGAGUCUUUCUCUAUUAGCCAAAGCCAUGGACUCUGCGCACCCCAGCAUGAUGACAGAUGCGGUUAAACUCCUCUCUGCAGUGUGCAUUGUAGGGGAGGAAAGCAUCCUGGAAGAAGUUUUAGAAGCUUUAACGUCAGCUGGAGAAGAAAGAAAAAUUGACAGAUUUACAGCUAUUGUGGAAGGCCUUCGGCACAAUUCAGUUCAACUGCAAGUAGCAUGUAUGCAGCUCAUCAAUGCCCUUGUUACGUCUCCUGAUGAUUUGGACUUCAGGCUUCACAUCAGAAAUGAAUUUAUGCGUUGUGGAUUGAAAGAGAUAUUUCCAAAUUUAAAAUGCAUUAAGAAUGAUGGCCUGGAUAUCCAACUUAAAGUUUUUGAUGAGCAUAAGGAAGAAGACAUGAUUGAGUUCCUCCAUCGCUUUGAAGAUAUUAGAGCCGAACUUGAUGAAGCAUAUGAUGUUUACAACAUGGUGUGGAGCACAGUUAAGGAAACUAGAGCAGAGAGAUAUUUUAUUUCUAUUCUUCAGCAUCUUUUACUGAUUCGAAAUGAUUAUUUUAUAAGACAACAGUACUUCAAGUUAAUUGAUGAGUGUGUGUCUCAGAUUGUAUUGCAUAGAGAUGGGAUUGAUCCAGACUUCACAUAUCGAAAACGACUAGAUUUAGAUUUAAGUCAAUUUGUUGGUAUUUGCAUAGAUCAAGCAAAACUAGAAGAGUUUGAAGAGAAAGCAUCAGAAUUUUGCAAGAAACCUGGAAUGCCCAUGCCGUUUGGUGGUCCUGUGCCGCCUCCACCUCCCCUGGGGUUUCUCAGCGGAGGAAUCACCCCUCCUCCACCUACCCUCCCAUUUGGGUUAAAACCAAAGAAAGAAUUUAAACCUGAAGCCAGCAUGAGAAGAUUGAACUGGUUAAAGAUCAGACCUCAUGAAAUGACGGAAAAUUGUUUCUGGAUAAAAGCAAAUGAAAAUAAGUAUGAAAAUGUGGAUUUGCUUUGUAAGCUUGAAAAUACAUUUUGUUGCCAACAGAAAGAAAGAAGAGAAGAGGAAGAUUUUGAAGAAAAGAAAGCUCUUAAGAAAAAAAUUAAAGAACUUAAAUUUCUAGAUUCUAAAAUUGCCCAGAACCUUUCAAUCUUCCUGAGCUCUUUUCGGGUACCGUAUGAAGAAAUCAAAAUGAUGAUAUUGGAAGUGGAUGAAACACAGUUGGCAGAGUCUAUGAUUCAGAAUUUAAUAAAGCAUCUUCCUGAUCAAGAACAACUAAAUUCAUUGUCUCAGUUCAAGAGCGACUAUCACAACCUGUGUGAACCCGAGCAGUUUGCCGUUGUGAUGAGCACCGUGAAGAGCCUGCGGCCACGGCUCAGUGCUAUUCUCUUUAAGCUUCAGUUUGAAGAGCAGGUGAACAACAUCAAACCUGACAUCAUGGCUGUCAGCACUGCCUGCGAAGAGAUAAAGAAGAGCCGAAGCUUUAGUAAGUUGCUGGAACUUGUGUUGCUAAUGGGAAACUACAUGAACGCCGGCUCCCGGAAUGCACAAACCUUCGGAUUUAACCUUAGCUCUCUCUGUAAACUAAAGGACACAAAAUCAGCUGAUCAAAAAACAACACUCCUUCAUUUUCUGGUGGAAACAUGUGAAGAAAAGUACCCUGAUAUCCUGAGUUUUGUGGAUGAUUUAGAACAUUUGGACAAAGCUAGUAAAGUCUCUGUAGAAACGCUGGAAAAGAACUUGAGGCAGAUGGGAAGGCAGCUUCAACAGCUUGAGAAAAAUUUGGAAACCUUUCCCCCUCCUGAGGACUUGCAUGAUAAGUUCGUGACAAAGAUGUCCAGCUUUGUUAUCAGUGCAAAGGAACAAUAUGAGAAACUUUCCAAGUUACAUGAAAACAUGGAAAAGCUGUAUCACAGCGUAAUGGGGUACUAUGCCAUUGAUGUGAAGAAGGUUUCCGUGGAGGAGUUUUUGACAGACUUGAGUAACUUCAGAACCACAUUCAUGCAAGCAGUAAAGGAAAAUGUCAUAAAAAGAGAAGCGGAGGAAAAACAAAAACGUGCCAGAAUAGCCAAAGAAUUGGCAGAGAAAGAAAGACUUGAACGCCAACAAAAGAAAAAACGCUUAUUAGAAAUGAAGACUGAGGGUGAUGAGACAGGAGUGAUGGAUAGUCUGCUGGAGGCCUUGCAGUCGGGGGCUGCCUUCCGCGACCGAAGGAAAAGGACACCGAAGCCAAAAGAUAUUCGGCAGAGUCUCAGCCCAAUGUCUCAGAGGCCUGUUCUGAAAGUUUGUAACCAUGAAAAUCAGAAAGCGCAGUUGACAGAAAGGUCACAUUCGCACUACAAUAUCCAUUGCAACUCAACAAGGACUCCAGCCGCCCAGGAGCUUAAUUAUAAUCUAGACACUCAUAUGUCUACAGGGAGGAUGAAGGCAGCUGAGAAGAAGGAAGCCUGCAAUGUAGAAAGCAACAGGAAAAAGGAAGUGGGCCCUCUUGGCCCUGUUUCUAAAAGCGAAUCCAUUCCUGAAGUUGAAGCCCUGCUGGCAAGAUUACGAGCUUUAUAAAUUAAACUUGUAAAAAAUGAUUAAGCCAAAUAUACAGCCAUGCUUGAAGCUAUAACACUUGAAAAAAUUGCUUUUUAUGUAAGUUACUUUAUAUAGUUUUAAAUUAUGGUAUAUAUUUUAAAAAUAAAGCUAAAUACAUGAUUGCAUUGCUUUUCCUAGGCACUUGAGAUUUUGACUUAUUCAAGAUUGUAACGGGCUUUCUUUUUUUUUUUGGUCACCUGGUAUUCAUGUAUUUUAUAUUUGGUGGUUAAAUUAUUCUUUAGAGAGCAGAUAGGUGGCCAUGCGUUCAGCAGUGUGUCCUUAAGAAAUCACCGUCUAAGUCACUGUAAUUUUUACCCUUCUUUUGUCAACAUUAUCAAACAUCAAGUCUUCAACCUCAGUCUUGCUACAUAUCCAUGUAUAUUAUUUAUAUAGGCCCAGAUGUCUACUGAAUUGGGAUCUACAUGCUAUUAGUGUCGCAUCAAAAACAUAAACGUGAAUAUAACAGAGCUGUGAGGAAAUGACUGGUAAGCUCAUUACCAUCAUUGUUAAAUUCAUGUUAAUUAGACCUAGUAGGAGACUCUUAAGACCAUUGAGCACAUUUCCACAAAUGAUGUAAUAGGAAUGUAUGCACUGUUUAUUUUGCAAAAUACACAAGAUUUUGUAUAAAGUUGGACAUACAUAGUAUUACGGUGUUACUGAAACUCCUAGCCAAGAGAACAUUUUUCCCUCCUGGUAAUUAUGACUCUGGGAUAGAAUUCCCAAGUGACAAUUUUUUUUAUUUCUGUGCACAAACUUGAAAUUUCAGUUUCUUUGAUCUGAUAAUCAAUAACUUUAACAAAGGUCUGAAGAAGCGUUUCAAGGAAAGUUUUCUGAUGCAAAUGUUACAAUUGUACUUUAUCUGGGGCAUCAAAUUCACUUUGUUAAUUCUGGAUCAAAGAAA